AUGCCCCCGCCACCCCGGCGCGGCGUCCUCGCCUCUCUCCUCGCGCUGCUCGUCGUCCUCGCGACGACGACGACGCUGGCGCCAUCGGCCGUCGACGCCGCCGGCCUCCUCUCCGAGCAGUGCGCGUCCACGCCGCCGUCGAUCGUCGAUCGCCGCAAGGAUGGAAAAGAGGAAUCUCUCGUCGUCGCGUCCCUGCACGUCGGCCCGCCGUUCGAAGACGCCGCCGACGCGAACGCCGCGCGCCCGCGGAGCCACGUCCAGGCGGUCGGAAGGUACAUCGCCGCGCUCGAGGCGGACGUUCUCGUCCUGACCGGCGUCGAGAGCUGCGCGGUGCUCCGCCAGUUCAUCGCCGCCGCGGUCGCGACGAACGCCGAAGCCGCGAGCGCGCUUCGGCCGUACAUCCUCCCGCGCGCGGACGCGGACGCGGACGACGGCGGGACGCGGCACGCGAUCGCGGUGCUGUCGAAGAUCGACCCGCGUGUCGACGUAUGGCGCGACUACGCGCGCGUCGACGCGCCGCUGCCGAGGAGCACGUGCCACGGCGACGUGGACGCCAUCGCGUCGCGGGGGAGACCGGGACGCGGACUGCUGCUCGGCGCGCCGCCGACGGAACGAGAUUUAGAACGGCCCUUAGAUCGAGACGCCGACGCCGCCUCCGACGCCGCCGCCGCCGCCGCACACGCGAGGCGCCUCGCGACCGCGCCGGACCACGUCUUCUUCCGGUUCCGCCUCGGCUUCAACAACGUCACGCUCGCCGCGGUCAACCUCGCGGCCGCGCCCGACUGCGCGCGGAGAGAGGCGGGCGCGUCGGUCGUCGCGGCGGCGGCGGCGACGGCGGCGGCGGCGGGCGACGACGUCCUGAUCGUCGGCGACCUCGGGUCGUCGUCGUCGACAUACGAAGACACGACGCGCGGCGUCGACCACGCCGCGAACGGGACGUUCGCGCUGCUGUUAGACCUCGACGGCGACGGCGAGGACGAUCUCGAGGAGUUGGGCGGACGCGCGCGUCCCGCGGAGACGCGGUGGACGGAUGAGAGGACGAGAGCGAUGCGGCGUCACGUCUUCGCGUCGCCGCGGCUCGCCGCGGCGACGACGGACGUCGCCGUGUCGCGACCGGUCGCCGCCGCCGCGGACCCCGCGAAAAACGCCGCGGACGGCAUCGCGACGUUGACGAGCUACGCGCUCGUGGUGCGAAUGAAGCUCCCGAGGGGUCACUACACCGCGGAGCCGGAGUCGUUCGCGGAGCUUCUCUCCGACCCGAACGCCGUCGUCGAGCUCGUCAUGUUCGUCGUCUUCGGGUCCGUCUUCCUCGUCGGGUGCUUCAAGCUCGCGUUCGGGAAAGAACCGGAGCCGUCGUGGAUGACGGAGUUGUACGGGUUCGGGAUCAGGGAGGGGAGAGGGCUGGCGACGACGAAGGACAUGUUCGGGAGAGAUUUGGAUGGCGGGACGGAGGACACGCCGCUGGGGCGACGCGUGCGAGAACGGCGGGAACGCGCGAGGAAGGACAUGGAGAGGGCGAUGAAGCAGAAGAUGGGGAUGCGGGCGUUCAGGGACCCGCGGCUGAAGCCGUGGCCGUGGCCGUGGAUGUUUCCGUGGCGUAAGAGGGCGCCGGCGGACGAGAUGACGACGACGACGACGGCGACGACGACGACGCGGACGUCGCCGCGGCGGAAGAAGACGCAGCACGGCACUCACUGCUGCUUGCACGUGUCCGGGGCGUUCUCCUUCUCCCCGGCGACGACCGGCGCCGCCGUCGCGUCCGCCGCGGUCGCCGGCUUCGCCUUCUUCGCCGCCGGCGCGUCGCCGAACCCCUCCGUCGUCUCGCCGCCGCCGCCGCCGCCCACGACGUCUUCGAGGCUCCUCCGCGGCGCGGACGGCGCGGGCGGCUUCGCGGGCGGCAUCGCCGCGAACGCCGCGGCCGCCGCCGCCGCGGCCGAGUCGGGCGCGGGCGCGGACGGCGCGAGCGUCACCCUCGACGCGCCCGCGCUCUUUCCUACGACGCCGAGGUUCACCGGCGCCGCCGAGUUGGUCGCGAGCCGCGGCUUGGCGAAGCCGGCGGUCUCCUCCGGCUCCCCGCCGGCCACGCCACCGCCGCCGCCCGCGGCGCCCGCGGCGCCCGCGGCGCCGCCGGCCAUGCCGCCGAUCGCCGCGAACGCCUUCUUGAUCUGCUCGCGCGUGCUCGCGUCCUCGGAGACGAGCCCUCUGAGCUCUUCCUCGCGCGCUCUGAGGUCGGCCAUGACCGCCUCGAGCUGCUCGAGCUCAGCCUUGGCCGCCGCCAUGGGAUCGUCGUGGUCCUUCCCAACCGCCGCGAUCGCGGCCUCGUCGGAGGACUUCAAGCGGUUCACGCGGCUCGCGCAGAUGCCUAUCGCGCGCUCGACGCCCUUGAGCGCCUUCUCCGGCUCGUCCAGGAGCUGGUGCGCGACGGACAUGGAGCACAGCACGCCGGCGAUGCGUCGGUCGUCCUCCUCGAGUUCCAUCUCUAGGAUCGCGAGGCACUUGGCGAGAUCUUCGAGCGCGGCGUCGAAGUUGGCGUGCUCGGUGUUGAUCUCCCCGAGGGUCUCGUACACGUUCGCGAGCUCCACGGGGUAGUCGCCGUCUUCUUCGUAAAUCAAGCGCGCGUUCUCGAUGAGCUUCCACGCGAGCUCCAUGUCGUCCUCCUCCUCCUCUUCGUCCUCUUCGUCUUUUUCAUCAUCCUUGUUGCUCUCGCCGUCCUUCUCGGGCUUCUCGUCGUCGCCGUCGUCGUCGUCGUCGCACGCCUCGCCGUCGUCGUCGGCGUCGCCUUCGUUCGAAGCCUUGCCGUCCUUCGCGUCC